AUGAAGCUCCUCACAUCAACCGUCCUUGUGGGCGUAGCUGCGGCAUCCAUUACACCUCAACAACAAGUGCUUCAGAACCCAUUUCAAUCAGCAGCAAAGCCGGUCUCUGAUGCUUGGUCUAAAUCAAUGGAAUCCUUGAGUCAUCUCGCGGGUUCCAUGAAAGAUAUGACCUCUGAAGCCAAAGCUGUCUGGGAUGAAGUCUCAAUGCUUUUCCCUGAGGCGAUGGAAAAGGCAACUUUCUUCUCUCAACCAAAACCACAUACAAGAAAACCUGAUACUGCUUGGGAUUAUAUUGUCAAAGGCGCAGAUAUCCAGAGUGUUUGGGUUGAGAAUUCCAAGGGAGAGAAGGAGCGUGAAAUUGAUGGAAAGCUUGAGAAUUAUAACAUGAGAGCUAAGAAGGUUGAUCCUACGAAGCUUGGUGUUGAUACGGUCAAGCAAUACAGUGGUUACUUGGACGAUGAGGAGAACGACAAGCACUUGUUCUACUGGUUCUUUGAAUCUAGAAAUGAUCCUAAGAACGACCCAGUAGUUCUUUGGUUGAACGGAGGACCAGGAUGCUCUUCCUUGACCGGCCUUUUCCUCGAACUUGGCCCUUCCUCUAUCGACAAGAACCUCAAGCUACACAACAACCCAUACUCUUGGAACGCCAAUGCUUCCGUUAUCUUCCUUGACCAACCAGUCAAUGUUGGAUACUCAUACAGUGGUGGAUCUGUCAGCAACACGAUUGCUGCCGGCAAGGAUGUUUAUGCUCUUCUCACCUUGUUCUUCAAGCAAUUCCCUGAAUAUGCGAAACAAGACUUCCACAUUUCUGGUGAAUCUUAUGCUGGUCACUACAUUCCAGUCUUCACAUCCGAGAUUUUAUCUCACAAGAACCGCAACAUCAACUUAAAGUCCGUCCUUAUCGGUAACGGUUUGACCGAUGGACUUACACAAUACGAACACUACAGACCAAUGGCUUGUGGAAAGGGUGGAUACCCAGCUGUUCUCGACUCCAGCGAAUGUCAAGCUAUGGAUAACGCUCUUCCCCGUUGCCAAAGUUUGAUCCAAAACUGCUAUGAUAGCCAAAGUGUGUGGUCUUGUGUCCCCGCAAGCAUCUACUGCAACAACGCUAUGAUGGGACCUUAUCAAAAAACUGGCCAGAACGUUUAUGACAUCCGUAGCAAAUGUGAAGACAGCAGCAACUUGUGCUACUCUGCUCUUGGCUGGAUUAGCGAGUUCUUGAACAAGGCCGAUGUUCAAAAAGAGCUAGGUGUUGAAGUCAGCAGUUAUGAAAGCUGUAAUUUUGAUAUCAACCGAAACUUCCUUUUCCAAGGUGACUGGAUGCAACCUUUCCACCGAUUGGUCCCCAGCAUCCUUGAGCAAAUCCCAGUCUUGAUCUAUGCUGGUGAUGCCGAUUUCAUCUGCAACUGGCUCGGAAACCAAGCCUGGACCGAAGCCCUUGAAUGGCCUGGACAAAAGGGAUUCAAUGAUGCCAAGACCAAGGACCUUCAAUUGGAGAAUGGUGACAAGACUGGUACCUUUAAGAGCAGUGGUAACUUUACAUUCGCACGUAUCUUUGGUGCUGGACACAUGGUCCCAAUGGACCAACCUGAGGCGUCGUUGAAUUUCCUUAAUAAAUGGUUGAGUAGUUAUACUCUAUAG